AUGGCGCUUUCAGUCCUCAAGAGAACGGAUCGACAUGCUUUAAUGGUGAAACGCCGCACUCAUGUGCCCACAAGCAACCUUAAGCAAUUCGAAUUGUUUAUGCCGCAAUCGACAGCAUCGACCCAACCAUCGUGGUUAGAAAAGCCUUUGCCUGAAUGUCCCAGUCAGCGAAGACGGGUCACUGAGCUCAUGAGUAGCGCGCCGACGACACUGCAUCGCUCGCCAAGCGUGCGCUAUCAAUCCAUUGGAAGACCUGUCAAGACCAUCGAUCGAACGAAAAGGGAAGCCGUCUUGAUUCAAUCGCCACAAUCCAAUUCACAUGCUACAAUUGUCAACGGUGAGGCUUCCAAGCACAAUCAUAGACAUGAAAAGUCGUCCUCGGACUCCAAGUCCGAUAUGGAUCGAAAGCCCAACAAAGGCUCGGGCAUCAGCAAAAACGCUGCUGUCGACCAACAACAGCAGACAACAUCUCUCGGAGACAAGAACGUUCUUUUGAAAGUAUGUGAUUCGACCGAGUCUCAAAUGGCUUCUGUCCCCAACAACGUGCUUCCACCGAGAGAAGAGCUCGACAUGCAACCAAUUCCAGUCGACAUCUCUGCCUUCGCGGUAUCUCCAUUUCGGCAAUGGAGGCCCGGGCUCGAGUUCGAAGCUUCCACGAAAGUUUUGGACGAUACGAAUGAAUGGAAAGGAAGCAUCCAGGCUUCUCUGCAGACGAUUACGACUCCCGCAUGGCCUCAUCAGACCAGUUGCACCCCAUCGCUCUGCUCGUCCUCGCACGAUUCAGGCAGUGCGAAUCCUGCAAUCUCAAAGUCGUCCUCUAACGACAAAAUCGCCAGUCCUACUACCCAUCUGGAGCGGCUAUCCCACAUGCCCGAUCUCGCAGAUCUGACAACAACGAUGGACCGAACAAGCAGUUACACCGAUGAAGUGAAGAGUCCUGUCCUUGGUCGUCCAAAUUCUGUAGAAGCACAAUGGCCGCACGUCCCGGAACUAUACCAUGGCAGUCGAAAUACUCAGCACCUCGCCGAGCAGUACCGGACACUGUUGGUGGAAGAGAUGGCAGCUUUGCGAUCUUCAGAUGAUGUCCCUCUACCAUCGGGUGUUCCUGACGAUACUCACGCUCACGCGGAAGCUGGCGAUAAUCGCCAGACUAGCAUCGUAUGUCUUGAUAAACACGAUAAGUCGUGCAGCAAGUCAUGCGGUUUGCCUGAGAACACGAUCCCAGCGGCUGAUGAAAUCAGAUGCGAUACUUCAGUUGCUCAGUCUUACAUCUCGAGUAUGGGCGCUGUCAAGGACCAUCAGCCGCGGCACCUUUCUAAGAAACACGCUACAACACCAGCAAUCCUGCCAAGCAGCAUUGCUUCUAUGUCCGCUCCGCCACCCAAGAUCAAGAUUCGCCCUCGCGACAAGCACAACGAAGUUGACCAAGCGAUCUCUCCUCUACAGCUCGACAGCACAGAAGAUCCAAUCCCAAAACUCAGAGCCCCUAGUCAGCUCUCGACAACUCGCCAUCACCGCCCAGGCAGCCGUCCGUCAUCCAAUCAUCCCGCCUUCCGCGCCACCACCACCAAUGGCAAUGACAAGUCCAGCCUAGGAAUCAGAGGAGGAACUACCUCAGCACAUCUCUCCACGCAAGUGUCUUAUGCAGAUUUCAAUGCUGCAUUGCAACACCCCGACUUGACAAACGAGCAGAAACUUGCGGCGAUUGAGGCGCGUCUUCUGGAGAUCGAUGCCUUACUAGCGAGAUCGAGGCUGAGGAGGACUAAAAGUGGGAGUGACAGGGAGGGACUGGCGAAGGUGGAUGUGAGCUGA